UGCGCACUAACAAAACGCGGUUGAUUCGAACAAAAAACAUGGCGACUGAAGGUUUUGGUUAGUGUUUAUUUAAAGUUUGUCUGUAAUUAUCGCUUACAGGUAUGCCAAAAACAACGAGGAGAACCAGAAACUCAAGAAAGAAAGAUUUAAAAGACCAAGUCACAGAUACCGAAUCAGACUCGGGGAAAUUGUCGGAAACCCAAGAAGUCGCUAGAAGAUUAUCACGAACUCGCUUGGGCAAGGAAAAUGCGGUGAAACAGAAUUCAUCACACAAAACUACCCCAAUAAAAGGCCCUGCAGACCCGUACGAUGCUGAUUCGGAGGUUGAAUCAGAUCCAAACAUGCAAGAAACCAUCCAAGCUAGGGUUCCAAUGUCACCCAUGGUAACUGACACUCAUAACUUAUUGAACAUAAAUAUACCGCUGUCAGCUAUCCGUCCACAGCAGAUGCUUAAAAGGGUACUCUCCCCUGCCGUCUUCACACAAGAACAUUCUACCCCAAGCAACUCAGAUAACUCAAAUGGCAAAUCAAAUGAUUCACUCUUUGGAUUUGGCACAGCUAUGGAGUCUCCACUAACAUUCUCCCCUAUCGUGACAUCGUCCAACCCUGUGGUAGCAUCCUCAAUAGCUUCUCCAACGGGGAGCACACUUUCUGUGACAUCUCUGUCUUCUACUUCUCCUGGAAAGAGAAAGCUGCAGUUACGACUCUUUGAUGUUCCCCUUGAGAAACCUGCAAAGAAACAGAAGAAGAAGAAGCCAAAACCUGUGAAAAAUGAGAAUGAGAUGCAUCACAUUGCCACUGAAUUUGAAGAAGUUGAGAUGUUUGACCUAGUGAUUCAGUGACCAACCUUAGAAAGCAGAGGAAACCAGAGACUGCUUAUAUGGUGACAUUUGUUUUUACAUUUAAUUUGUUGCUUUCCACUAGCAACUGGCUUAAUGUGUUAGAGCAGUAUACAGUUGUUUGUCAAGAGGUUGUCGUCAUCUGGCUGUGCAACUAUGCAACAAGCCCGCAUGUAAGCAUGGGUAAAACAACCGAAGUGCCUAGCUGCACAUAUAAGCCACCACAACUUCAGGCUUAGAUGCUGUAUCAGUGGCUAAUAUAUGCAGCUAGGCAAUGCUGGCUUUGUUGUGUAGAGGCAAAGCCAGUUGACAACAACCUUUUGUCAAACAACUGUAGAGGAAGCCCACACCCUACCCAUUUGCUAAAGGAUUUUUUAAAUAGGAAUUGUUUUCCAACUUUCAUUUACAUUUAAAAAUCUGUAUUUUGUGUGCAUUUAGGUGAGGGUGCUGUAUUCUCGAAAUAAGUGUAUAAUAUCUUAUUUCUUGAGUGUCUGUUAAGUUUUGUAAAUAUAUUGAGAAUAUAUUGAAUAUUUAAGGCUAAGUUAAAACAUAUUAUGCAUGAGCUGUAUUCCAUGCAAAUGCAUGCAAAUGGAGAUGAAAGAAUUGCCUUGGUUCAUUUGCAAGCAUUUGGAUUGAAUACGGCUCAUGGAUAAUGCGACAUUUGAACUAGGCCUAAUGCUUCAUUUCAAGAUAUAAACAUUUUGUUAAUCUUUAAAAUAGCUUAACCAUCAAUGUGUUUUUUAUGUUUAAUCACAAUCAUAUACAUACUAACCUUCUCCUUUAUUAAAAAAUAGAAUAAUGGGAA